CCACUCAGAGAUAGGAGAACACUGCUUUGUAUCUGUGGUUGCAAUUCGCUCGUGCAGUCUGCAUCAUCGCACACUCGCUAGAGGAAGCCACCACAGGGUCUAAUCAGCCCCUCUACACCCUUAACAGUUUUUGCUUCCUCAGCUUUCGGACACUCCAGCAAAUGGCGGAGCAGCGCGUGAACGCGCAAAUGGAGGGCUGAGGGUGCUGUGGAGCGGAGCAGGGAGGUGUUCAUAUGGGUUUUACUUAUUUAUGUUUAAUUUAUUCAUCGAAUGUGUUUUAAGAUUGCGUAAACAGCACAUGAACUGCUAAGCACACGAGCUCAAUGAGAGAGUCUGCAAGAGAGAGGAACUUUUUUCAAGACUCUCGCAAACGGGGGAGGGGUUUUAUUUGUACAGUAGAACUUGCGUCCAGUCCCGUCUCUGUCCACACCACUGCUUCAGCGAAGUAAAGAAGAAUGGACGAUUCGAUAAAACAAAUGAUAGGUCUUUAGGUUCGCUAUUUCAACAUUUCUAAACUUGUCAAACUCGGAGAUGAUGACCGAUCUAUUUGAGGGAGGGAUGGAGGAUCUGUGGAGUAUAGCAGUUGUGUUGCUGCAGGUGUGGCUCUCCGUCAUGAUUGGCCUCAUCAUGAUACCUGCCAUGUUUGGUUUCUCCCUGGGGGUCACUUCAGUCUACAUUCAGAUCCUGGUCAAGAUACUGGAGUGGGCCACCCUGCGGAUCCAGAGAGGACACAGAGAGCAGCCCACUCUGCCAGUGCCUGCUCCGCUACCCAAUGGACUCAUCCAGAGAGAGGGGGGCUCUAUGGAACAGGAGAUGGGGGAACUGCGCCGGUAUCGUACGCAGUCCAUAUCGAGGGGAGAGUUUGCGCUGAGCGACUCAUUCUACUUCUACAGAAAGGGCCUGGAGAGCAUUGUGGAUGAUCAGGUGACUCAGCGCUUCUCCUCUGAGGAGCUGGUCUCCUGGAACCUUCUGACGCGCACCAACCACAACUUCCACUACAUCAGCCUGCGCCUCACCAUCAUCUGGGGCCUUGGCGUGAUUAUUCGUUACUGUGUCCUCUUCCCUCUGAGGAUAACCCUGGCAAUCAUUGGAUUAAGCUGGCUGGUGAUCGGGACCACUCUGGUUGGGUUUCUACCUAAAAAUAGAGUGAAGACCUGGCUCAGUGAGUUGGUCCAUCUCAUGUGCUACAGGAUCUGUGCCAGAGGCCUGUCUGCCACCAUCCAAUACCACAACAAAGAGAAUAAACCACAGAAAGGAGGAAUAUGUGUAGCAAAUCACACCUCACCCAUUGACAUUGUCAUUUUGGCCAAUGAUGGAUGCUACGCUAUGGUGGGUCAAUGUCACGGUGGGCUGAUGGGGGUCAUCCAGAGGUCAAUGGUAAGGUCCUGCCCCCAUGUGUGGUUCGAGAGGUCGGAGAUGAGAGACCGACAUGCUGUGACCAGUAGGUUGCGGGCUCAUGUUGCAGCUAAGACCAAUUUACCCAUCCUGAUCUUUCCAGAAGGAACCUGCAUCAACAACACGUCUGUCAUGAUGUUCAAGAAGGGAAGCUUUGAGAUUGGAGGGACAAUAUACCCAGUUGCCAUCAAGUAUGAUCCACGUUUUGGAGAUGCCUUCUGGAACAGUGCCAAAUACAAUAUGGUCAGCUACCUGCUGAGAAUGAUGACCAGCUGGGCUAUUGUGGUCAAUGUGUGGUACCUGCCCCCAAUGACCAGAGAGGAAGGGGAAGAUGCUGCACAGUUUGCCAACAGAGUGAAGUCUGCUAUUGCACAUCAGGGAGGGUUGUUGGACAUGGCGUGGGAUGGGAGUUUGAAAAGAGACAAAGUGAAGGAAGAGUUUAAAGAGCAGCAACAGAAGAUGUACAGCAGUAUGGUUGUGGGAAAGAAACGUAGAAAGUCAGAAACCUUUCGCAAAGACAAUCAGGACACUGUGAUAUUGGAAUGAACACUGGACAAUCUCUGACAGUGGAUGUAAUAUCAAAGUGUUUCACAUACUACAAUGUGUCAGAACAGGAUUUGUUCAACAUCAAUGGUGUUUGUUAUAAACUGCAGAUUCAUCAUAACUGUGAGGUGAACAGAGCUUUGAUUGGUAUCUGAAUAUGAUAUCCAACACAUGACCUUUUAAUGCAUGAAAUGCCUACUUUUAAAGACUGCAAUUACGUGUUUUAUAGAAACAUCAACAAUUUUUAAAGAUAUUUUGCUGUUACAGUAACAUGUUUUAUGAUUGAUCUCACCACACAACUCACCAGUAUUCAGUUAUGUAUUUUGUAGGAGUAUUACCAAUGAGGCUGGGAUUCUUUCAAACCAGCCAUUGCAAUGUAAUGGCAGUGUGCUUAUUGACAAUAUUUGGCCCACGAUCACACUUGUUAUUGUGACAUCAUGCUUGUGAGGUGGAUGCCCCUGGUAGCACUGGUAGGGUUUCUACAGAAGCCAAGAUCAGUCUUUUAGGUUAAUUUGACCAUUGCAAAAAGAACCACUGCAUGUGGGUUUGAUACAAUGUAGCCCUGAAUCUGUGAGGUUUUCUUGGUAUGUUACAUUAUGCUCCCUACAAUACAACCCCUAACCCUUACUAAAUAUCCUCAUUACAUACAUGUUUCUUAGGUGAAAAUCCUAAAGAAAUAAAAAAAGAUAUUUUCUUCCCUGGUC